AUGCCAGCAAUUAAACCUGUCAAAUGCCAGCAGCAGACUUUCAAACGGCUGAGGGAAAUUGCUGUAAAAUUGUCAGUGCUACUGCUAGUAUUCGGCAUUUGCAGUCAUCAAACAUUAAUUCCAUCGCAGUCAAUCGAAGAGGAUAAUUUUCAAAUGAAUUCAUUGAUUCGUAUAUUCGAUUCGAAAGAAUACUAUUCUAUAGUACAUAAUACCCGACAUCAAGCUGACAACUAUUUAGAUAAUUCAUCAUCCUCUUCACAACAACUCAAUAACUCGAGUACUAAUUCAACUGUAGAUCCACUCAAUGGAUGUUAUACGAUUCUUCUAAAUUUGGGCGAUUUUAGUCGAUACGGACCUAAUGCAACAGUAAUUUAUGGGAUUUGUCCAGAAACUUGGCUUUCAGUUUCGUUUUCCAUUGCAAUCAUGUUUUUCUAUUCCAUUCUCUUCAUUCUGACAUGUUUCGGCUUGUAUUGGAAACGAAACUCUCGACACAUUCAAUCCAGAGGUUUAGUCUACAUGUUUCUUACACUAUUCGCAAGUGCAUUCAUUAUCUAUUCGACCUCCCUGAGAUAUGCAAUUGGUAGGAGAGAAUAUCCAUGUUUUAUUUAUUCGGUGACCUAUUUCGUCUUGCCUCCUUCGUUGAUUCUUCCAGCAAUUUUUAGAUGUUAUCGAUUGGUAUUGCUACACUUGUUGAAUUUGAGAAAGAUGAAAAUGUUGAUUGGUGGAACGGUUGGAAAAUCGACAACGAAUUUGGAAUCUUUAGCUCAUAAGAUAACUAAAAAAGGAAAUGGCAAGUCUAGUAAUAAUACAACAACAAAUACAUCGACAAAUACAACCAUUGUGGAGGCGUUUCAAAAUAAUGCAGAUGUGCAGUCGAAUGGAGUUAUGAAUGAAUCGAGUGGAGCAACUAGUCCAGUUUCGAAUAUUUCAAUAGAUAGUUCAGUAGCAUUAACAAGAAAUGAAAGUAGCAACACUUCCCCUAGGGCAUUUCUUAAAAAGAAAUCAGCUAGUAACUUCUCCUUAAAAGACGUUGAUCGGUCUGUCAAAAUGGUGGAUUUUGAUGUUACUGAAUAUUCAAUGGCAGAUGACGAUGUCAAAUCAUACACAUACAGUGAUGGGUUUUCUGUAGCUAGGGAAGAUUUUGAAAAGGAAAUGAAACGAGCAAAGGUGUUAAACUUUUUCGUGAGCAACCUCUUUAUUGUACUGUGCUAUUUCAUUAUCUUUUCACUUCAUGUUAUUCUAUUUCUCAUAAUGGGUGGAAUUGAAUGGGAUCAGAAAUUGAGAAAGGGAACGACCAUCUUUACUAAUGAUGGUGGAUUAUUCACUGUGGAGAGAGGAUGUGGCAUUACCAAUUCAACUUUUAUAUUGGUUGGAGUUGAAACAUUUUUCUACAUUGUUGUUGAGUAUUUCGGAUGUGGUGAUUAG